CACCAGACAAGAGGAGGAAAAGACAAUACAAACGUACAUCAGGACAUUACUGAGAGAAGAAAAAUGUCUCGGACAGAAGAGGUCAACAAGAUGACCGAAAACGUCUACAAGGGGAUUCUGGACCAGUUCAACCCCAGUCUGAAGAACUUUGUGACCAUGGGGAAACACUAUGAGAAAGCCCUGACAGGAGUAACGGUGGCCGCCAAAGGGUACUUUGAUGCUCUGGUGAAACUUGGAGAACUGGCGAGCGACAGUCAAGGCUCCAAAGAGCUGGGAGACACACUGUUUCAGAUGGCCGAGGUCCACAGACAGAUUCAGGUGCAGCUGGAGGACGUGUUAAAGCUGUUUCACUCUGAGCUGCUCGCCCAGUUGGAGCAGAAGCUGGAACUGGAUAUUAAAUACCUCACAGCCACCCUGAAGAAGUAUCAGAGCGAGCGGAGGUCUAAAUCUGAGUCUAUCGAGCGCUGCCAGUCCCAGCUGAAGAAACUCCGCAGGAAGAGCCAAGGCAGUCGCCACCCAAACAAAUAUGGAGACAGAGAGAUGCAGUUCGUGGAGUUGAUGAGCCGCCGCCAAGGCGAGCUGGACGCGCUGGUUGCCACGGGUUACAAGUCUGCCCUCACUGAGGAAAGGAGAAGAUAUUGCUUCCUGGUGGACAGACAGUGUUGUGUUACCAAACUGCUCAUCAACUACCACUCCAAGGUGAGAGAGCUUCUGUCGCAGAAACUGUCAUCCUGGCAGCAGUCAUGUUCUCAGCCCACAAAACUCCCAGAGCGUGCUCUCAAUCUGCUGCGUCACACUGCGCCUCAAAGCUCAGGGGCUGCUGGGAUAGCCGAAGUCCUCCGACACACCAAGCUCGGCUCUGCUCAGCCAGAACAGAGGCUCUCUGUUCAGGAAGUUCCCCCUCUGUUGAAUGGAGACUCCAGUCGCUCCCAGCAGCAGCGCUCACUCCCCUCCUCCUCCCAGAGUGAAACCUGUGCUCCUCAGGGCUCCCCCCAGACUUUCCGCUCUCACGCCGCUGGUGGAGCUGCUGGAGGUUCAUCACAAGGAGCGUCUCCCCAGCACACCAGCACACCCCUCAGUGCAUCAGCCAGCCCCCUCCCUGACAGCAGCGCCAGCGGCAGUGGGAGCCCUGCUGCGUCCACUCCCACCACGUCCAGCAGCUCCACCCAGCAAAGCGCUCUCCUCCUGGCCACCAACACAUCCAACCUCUCCCCAUGCCUCAUCCCCUCCACGGUGAUGUCGCUCAGCCAGAUCUCCCCGGCCAGCGGCUCCUUGCAGGGCAUGACCCUCCCGAUCCCCCACAGUGCUCCUCACAGUCCUCCACUGCCCCACAGUGCUCCUCUCUCCCGAGCCAUGACUCCUGUGCAGUUACUGCACCAACAGUUGGGACCAGGAGGGAGCAACACUUCAUCACCAUCACAUAAUCCCUGGCUACUGAAGGCCACCGAGAUGUGUGCAACAGCAACACUUCCACUGCCGAGAAGACCUGUCAGCGAAAUGAGGAUUGGUGGCUUCCAUGGCUCCAGUCUCCCAAGGAUGCUGCCUCUAUCUGGACCUAUACGUGUGGAAGCCAUGUUUGCUCACACUUCUGAAUCACUAGAGAGUGGUGGCGUAGGGGGUGGCGCUUGCUUGCUGCACUUCCUGCCUGGUGACAACAUCACCCUGCUCAUCUCUGAGCCCAGGGACGGGUGGCACUACGGUCAAAAUGAACGAACUGGACGGAAAGGCUGGUUCCCUUUCUCCUACACUCAGCCUCACCACAGUAAGACGGAUCACCUCGAGAGCUCACUCUUCUUAUCUAAGGCUAACAGCACCAGUACAGGACAGCUCGACAAGCUGGUGUCUCCAGGUUUCCCAGCCCUCACACCCGAAUCAGAGGAGGAGCGCUCUCUUCCUCCCCAGAGGGUCAGCACCUUCCGUCCACGUCCCUACAGCAUGGCCGACAGCAAUAAGAUCACCUCAGAACUGGCCUCUCCACCACCCUCCCCAACCAGGCUCAAUCCAUUUGCCCACAUCCGACUUAGAAGAACAGUCACCAACGAUCGCUCAGCUCCCAUUAUUGAGUGAGGGCUUUAUUCCCACAGCAGCAGCAGUCCUGUUCUCUGUGGUUUGUCAGUCCAUCAAACCUCAGGUUGAAUCCUGGAAACAGCCUAUUGGUUCAUGUUGACUCUUUUAAAUUGUACUUUAUUUUGGAUGUUCUUUUUUGCAAGUUAAUCCAAUGCAGAUCUUGUUUCAUGCGCAGGAAUAGAACAUUUUCAAGUCAAAGCUUUCAAAGCUUAUGUGUAAAGGCUGAUCUGUUCUAAAUGUAAUUACAGUGCAUUCAAUUUGGAAGUAGUUAAUAGGAAAACCAAUAAUAUCCGAAAAUUCUGUUUGAGUGAAAACGUGGGAAUUGAAUUAAAAUCUAGUUUAUAUGAAACAGAAGUAAGAUGUUGGACUAUACUUAGCUUAGUGUUUGAGAUCAACAUACCGAAUGUUGCUUGUCCACAAUAACAUUUUUAGGGUUUUUUUCUUGCCUAUGAAAGAUGCAUCUUAUUUUGCUUACUGUUUUACAAUGCAAUUUUUUUCUUGCUAUAACCCAUAAUCUAGUUUUUUGUUGUUUUUUGUGCCAUAUCCAGAAAAGUUGUCUUUGUUCGGCUGAUCUCGGGACUGGCUCCUAAUAGCAGGUAGUGAACUUUCACUUUCACUGUAAUGAAGUGUUAUGGGAAGAGGACAGGCUCCUACUCUAAAAGUGCUAUUAUGAUAUUAUAUUUUUUAGAACAGCUGCCAGAUUGUUGCAUUUUCUUGGUUUUCAAGGCGAACUUUUAAAUUUAUUCAAAGUGUCUUUUCUAUUUUAAAACGUGGAUGUUUGGUUGAGAGAGACUUGGCAUAUUUUAAUGAAGUUGGUGCAGCGAGUUAUUUUUGUGUCAUUUUUACCUUCGAAAUUACUGAGCAUGGACAUUGCUGUUUGAGUGUUCCUCAAGUCCCUGCCAGUUAUAUCUUAUGUUUAUGCCAGUUAACACAACACAUUCUGCUGCUGUAAAGUUACAUAUUAGUAUUUUAUUAAUGUAGAUUUUUUUGGAUUCGUAUUACUCUUUACCUGGACUCCAAAUACAUUAAACAAAUUCUACCUUAAAUUGAUCAGUGAGACUUGUAAGUAUCUCACUGCUACACUUAUAUAAAAUGGAAAAAGUCCU